AUGACACUGCUCAUAGUAGGCGCGGCAUCAGUCCCGCUGCUUUGGGCAACCUCGCAGCCGUGGGCCUUGUUCCGGAACUACCAGAUCGCCCGAGUGCUUGGCCUGCCCAUGGUUAUCGUUCCGUACGAUCCUGAUGGUUUCCUCUUUGGCGUGCUCUCGGAACCGUUGAAACACCUCCUGCGCAGGAUCUUGCCCCAAUCUGCCCGUCAGGCCUUCGACAUGACCUUAUGGGGGUGGGAGUGGCACGACAAGAGUGCUGCCCACGAAGGUCUGGGUCUGUCCUUUGUGGUGGUUACACCAGGCCUCACACGUCUCAUAACGGCAGAUCCGGCGAUGGCGAGCGCGAUCCUCACACGGCGACGCGACUUUGUCCACCCUGAGGUGACGACAAAGAUCAUGGGAGUCCUUGGUCAUAACAUCGUCGCUGUAAUCUUGGUCUCGACAGCGUCGCGUCGUCGCGUCGUCGCCCCUGCAUUGAAUGAACGCAUUAGCAGCGGCGUAUGGACCGAAAGCAUCGCGCAAGCUAGCGGUCUAGCCGACGCCCUGCUUUCAUCUGCGCCCACCAUCACCUCCACACCUCCUUCCCUCGACAACACGACCUCGACCGACACUGUCCCAGGCCUUCGAGCCAUCGCCAUCAAUGUCCUCAAGCGCAUCGCGUACGGGAAGCCCAUGCCAUACAUCCUCCCACGAGAAAGCGAUUCGACGCCCCUACCGAACGCGGACAUGACCUACGUCGAUGCCAUCUCUUUGUGCACUGAAAUGCUCCUCCUCGCGGCUUUCGUGCCUUCGGCGAUCCUUCCUCUGCCUAUCAUGCCCCGAUCCGUGCGCAGACUGGGAGUCGCUCUCGCCCGGCUGCCGAGGCUGACUGACGACAUGCUCGAGCAGGAGCGCCACACGAACAGCUCGAAUCUCGCACAGGAGGAAAACGACGAUGGCGGCAGUACCACGGCGCCACACACCAUCAUGACAACACUCGUGCGACUCUCCGACGAGCCCAAAGAACGGGACCUACAUGCAGCGAAGACCACGGGCGACGAUCAGGUGGCCAGUAAAGCGCAGUAUCUCACCGAGGACGAGAUCGGGGGCAACCUGUUCAUCUUCACUCCCGCUGGCUUCGACACCACAGCCAACACUCUGGGAUACGCCGUGACUCUCUUUGCCGCGUAUCCAAAGUGGCAGGCGUGGAUCCAGGCGGGCGCGGCGUGUUUCACGGCAACGGCGCCUUGGCUGGUGGUGGCAGCGGGCCAAGCACCUCCUCUUCUCAGACAGCCUCGAAGUCUGCCACCUCAUCGUCAUCCAAGUCUGUGA